UGGACUCCAAUUUCUACUUGUUAUUUUUAUUAAGGUGUUUGAAACUUCUGAUUUCAACUUCUUUCCUUUGAAAAUGAAUGAGCAGAAGAUUGAUUGCCAAGAAAGAAUUCAACAAAGCCAUGACUAUAUCAGUAAAUUUGUUUCCACUUCUUAUGGUUAUUCCCCUUCAACUAGACAUAUACUCUUGAGUAAAACACGAAUUCAAUGGACUCAAGAUCUUCACGAAAAAUUCGUUGAGUGUGUGAAUUAUCUUGGGGGUGCUUACAAAGCACCACCCAAGUCAAUACUAAAGUUGAUGAAUGUAGAUGGAUUAACCAUCUUUCAUGUCAAAAGUCAUUUGCAGAAAUUCCGAAAUUCAGAAUACCCACCCGGCUCUGCAAAAGGAAAAUCUGAGAAAGAACUACUUCGAAUGUUGAACCCCAACUCGAUGUUGAAACUGGCUUGCAUAUCAAAAAGGCAAUCCAACUUGAAUUAGAUGUCCAACAGCAUCUUCACGAACAGUUAGAGAUUCAACGAAAUUUACAGUUGCGAAUUGAAGAACAAGGGAAACAACUCAAGAAUAUAAUUGAGCUGCAGCUCAAGACUAUAAUCGACCUGCAACUCAAGAACUCGGACACCACCUUCUACGAAGGUGCCCCCAUUAAGUAGUCUUGAUGACGAGUUUAUUGGUUUGUCUAUUAAUACAUAAUUGGGAAUAAGCCAAGUCUUCAGACGUGAAUGGAUUAUAUUGUGAUAAUAUUUAUCACAUGUGUGAUUAUGUAAAUCACUAGUAAAUUGUAUUUUGGAUACUAGAAGAUCCUAUCGCUUUAUGAUUGUAUACUUGCAAGACAAGUGCAAGACAAGAAAUCAUAUCCUGUUUACUAUAAAUAAAGGCACAAGCAUGAGGGAUAACAUACAAAAUUCCUUAAACCCUUCUCCA